CCCUCAUCCUUCUGCAUGAAAACUGUGCCUUUAAUCUAUAUCACCUGGCUGUUUGUACAUGCAGGUAACUCUCCUUCAGAGGAGUCUGAGGAGCGGGACAAGGAGCCCAGGACGUUGACUUACCCGGCGUACAUCGCCAGCCUCCUGGACACGGGCGCCAAGCGCAUGGCGGCCGGUGUCAGGAUGGACUGCAACAGCCAGGGCCAGUGCCCGCGCUCCUGCCACCUCUGCCACAUGAGUCCCAGGGCGGCACAGGGGCGGCAGCAGUCUGAACCCGUCCUCCUGAAAAUCACCAAAGCUGCUCCCAUCUAUGAAUUAGUGUCCAACAACGAAACCUAUCAGGCUCUCCAGGACGCGAUGAUGAGCAUGCUGUGGUGCUCAGGCAAAGGCGACGUUAUUGAUGACUGGUGUCGAUGUGAUUCCAGCGCGUUUGGUACAGAUGGACUGCCCACCUGUGCCCCGCUUCCUCAACCCAUGCUGAAGCUGUCUUACACCUACGAGCCCAGCAGCUCAUUGGUCAUCAUGGAGUGGAACCACACGGAGCCACCAAUCGGCAUACGCAUCGUCGACUACCUCAUCAGCCAGGAGAAGGUGACGGAGAGGACGGACCACUCUAAACUUGAGACAGAAACCCUCUUGAGCUUCGUGGACGACAUCCUGUCUGGGGCCAGGUCUCCAUGUGUGAUGCUGGGGGACAUCCCAAACCUGCUGUCUUCCUCCAUCAGUCUGAUCAUUCGCUGCCUGGAACCUGACGCAACAUACAUGUUCCGUCUGUGGGCUGUAGACAACACAGGACGGCGGUCCAGUCCGAGUGAGGUCACCAUCAAGACUCCGUGUCCGACUGUGGAUGAUGUCAAAGCGCAGGGUGAGAAAUGAGGCCGAAUGGGUUCA